CUGGCUCCACCCUCCCCCCAGGUACUGGCGUGCGGCCCGGGGAAGCGCGUGAACAGCUUCCGCGGGUCCUCCACGGCACUUAUUUUGGGGCGCAGAUGGAGGGAGCCAUGAUUCGGCUGCUGCGCGGCGGCGCGCUGCUGAGAAGAAACUUCCCAACCUGCCUAUCUUCCUGGAAAAAUCCUCCUCGUGUCCUAAAAUCUUCCCAGGCAGAAGCUGAACUCGUAACAAAUAACGGCCUCCUCUGUGCCCCUCUACAGACAUUUACAGAGGAGGAGAUGAUGGUAAAGAACACAGUUAAAAAAUUUGCCCAGGAACAAAUUGCUCCUUUGGUCUCAAAAAUGGAUGAAAGUUCAGAAAUGGAAAAAUCAGUCAUAGAAGGAUUAUUUCAACAAGGGUUAAUGGGUAUUGAAACUGACCCAAAAUACGGAGGAACAGGAGCUUCAUUUUUCUCCUCUAUCCUAGUGGUAGAGGAAUUAGCCAAAGUGGAUGCGUCCGUGGCUCUGAUAUGUGACAUACAGAACACAGUAUUUAACAGGCUGAUUGGAAAAUUGGGAACAGAAGAACAGAAGGCUACCUAUUUGCCCAAGCUAGCUACAGAACAAGUGGGAAGUUUCUGCCUUUCAGAGGCUGGAGCAGGUAGUGAUUCAUUUGCUUUGAAGACCAGAGCUGAUAAAAAGGGAAAUUAUUAUGUCAUCAACGGGUCAAAGAUGUGGAUUAGCAACGCCAAGCAUGCCAGGCUUUUCAUGGUGAUGGCAAAUGUAGACUUUACUCUUGGGUAUAAAGGAAUUACCUGCUUCUUGGUAGAUCGUGAUACUGAGGGCCUUCAUGUAGGGAAGCCAGAGAACAAACUGGGAAUCAGAGCUUCUUCUACCUGCCCAUUAACGUUUGAAAAUGUCAAGGUUCCAGAAACCAAUAUCCUGGGACAGAUUGGGCAUGGCUAUAAGUACGCCAUCGGGGGGCUUAAUGAGAGUAGAAUAGGAAUCGCUGCACAGAUGCUGGGACUGGCUCAAGGAUGUUUUGACUACACUAUUCCAUAUACUAAAGAAAGGGAACAAUUUGGCAAAAAAAUAUUUGAUUUUCAGGGGCUCCAACACCAAGUGGCUCAGGUGGCCACCCAGCUGGAAGCUGCAAGAUUACUCACAUACAACGCGGCGAGGCUUUUAGAAGCUGGAAGGCCAUUCAUUAAAGAGGCAUCUAUGGCCAAGUACUAUGCGGCAGAGAUUGCAGGCCUAACAACCAGCAAAUGUAUCGAGUGGAUGGGAGGAGCAGGCUUCAUCAAAAAUUACCCUGUGGAAAAAUACUUCCGAGAUGCGAAGAUUGGUGCAAUAUAUGAAGGAACUUCAAAUAUCCAGCUAAACACCAUCGCAAAGCGCAUCAGUGCAGAAUACUGACAGCCACGGGAGAGGGACCCCUCACUGGUGUCGCUGGUGUAAGACUUUACGGUGCCUUGUCUGGGGCUGUGAACCUCCGUCUCACUGAAUGAUUUAAUUAGGCCCUUCACCUGGGGUCUGGAGGUAGACCUUUGCUGUUUUCUCUUUCCAGUCUGCUUAAGUUAGGCACAGAAAAUCAUUUUUAAAAUUUGGGAAGAAAUGCACCCAUAUUUUCUCCAGAACUGUUUUUAAAGCUCUCUGCAUUGUCCUUCUGGCUUCAGGGUGUACUGAAGCUUCACUCUAUUAGAAUUUGGAAAAAUAAAGACAAUUUAAGUAUUUCUUGCA